GGAAGUCUCGCGAGAUCCGUAGGACGGCGGCGGGAUGUGCGGGGGCUGCGUCGGCACCGAGUACCCGGAGCGGGGCACUACCUGCCUGGAGGGCGGCUCUUUCCUCCUGAAUUUCGUCGGGUGCGCGCAGUGCGGCCGCCGGGACUUCGUGCUGCUCGGCAACCGAGCCGCCGGCCUGCACGGCGGGGACGAGAUCGUCACCUACGACCACCUGUGCAAGAACUGCCACCACCUGAUCGCACGCCACGAGUACACCUUCAGCGUGGUGGACGACUACCAGGAGUACACCAUGCUGUGCCUGCUCUGCGGCCGGGCCGAGGAUUCCAUCAGCAUCCUGCCCGAUGACCCCCGCCAAAUGACCCCGCUCUUCAGCCGCUUUCCAGAACUGACCUUGAUCUUUGUUCCCCCCCCCGCCAUGCCUCCAUGCUGCGGCCGGCGGCAGACCAAGGUGGAAGACAUCGUGCAGGAGAUCUUCAACGCCUGCAAGACGAACCAUCACGCCUCGCAUCUGGUCUCCCCGCAGUGUCUGGACGCCAGCCGGCCCUGGCUCUGCUACUGGAUCCUGCACAGCUUGGAGCUGCUGGACGAGCCCAUUCCCCAGUCAGUUGCCUCCGACGUCUGCCAGUUCCUGAGCCGCUGCCAGAGCCCCCAGGGUGGCUUUGGGGGGGGGCCCGGCCAGCACCCCCACCUCGCCCCCACCUACGCCGCCGUCAACGCGCUCUGCAUCAUCGGCACAGAGGAGGCAUUCGGCGUCAUCGACAGGAAGAAGCUGCUGGAGUACCUGCACUUGCUGAAGCAGCCCGACGGCUCCUUCCUCAUGCAUGUCGGCGGCGAGGUGGACGUCAGGAGCGCCUACUGUGCCGCCUCCGUGGCCUCGCUGACCAACAUCCUCACUCCGGCACUCUUUGCCGGGACGGCCGAGUGGAUAGCGAGGUGCCAGAAUUGGGAGGGCGGCAUCGGUGGGGUGCCGGGCAUGGAGGCCCACGGCGGGUACACCUUCUGCGGUAUGGCGGCCUUGGUCAUCCUCAAGAAGGAACAUCUGCUGAACCUCCGGAGCUUGCUGCGCUGGGUGACCAGCCGGCAGAUGUGCUUCGAGGGCGGCUUCCAGGGCCGCUGCAACAAGCUGGUGGACGGCUGCUACUCCUUCUGGCAAGCCGGCCUCCUGCCCCUGCUCCACCGUGCUCUGCACGCCAGGGGCGACACGGCGCUCAGCAUGGAACGCUGGAUGUUUCACCAGUUGGCGUUGCAGGAAUACAUCCUCCUGUGCUGCCAGUGCCCGGCCGGGGGGCUGCUCGAUAAGCCGGGCAAGUCCCGAGAUUUCUACCACACCUGCUACUGCCUGAGCGGGCUGGCCAUCGCCCAGCACUUCGGCAGCGGCGACCUCCACCACGAGGUGGUCCUGGGCGGCCCCGAGAACCGCCUGCAGGCCACGCACCCCGUCUACAACAUCACCCCAGAAAAGGUGGCGAGAGCAGUGAUGCACUUCUUGCAGCAGCCUGUGCCCAGCCUGGAGCCGGCGGCCGCUGCCAACUAGGGGCCCCGCUGCCCCCAGACUGUGUGGAGCAGCCCUGCCCGGGUCCGGUGGGGAGCUGCCGUGGCAUCUCGGCGCGGACGGGCAGAGCGAGGUCCUCAGGGUGCUAGCAAUACCAAAAACCGGCCUGCCCCGCGGCCGUCAGGUCCUGCUGCCACCGGGCCGGGCAUCUGGCUGCCCUCCCGGCAGGAGCCAAGCUGGCCGAGGGGGACACGGGAUGCGGCAGAGCUUUUGGCAUCAAUAAACCAGAACCGACACCUGCCGUCUCCUGUGCGCAGGGAGGGCACGGAGCUGCCAUUGCCUCCGUGCCCACCGAUGGUGACCCUGGGGACGCAGGG